CCCCCUUAUUGCAAUUCACACCAUUUGUAGUCAGGUUUAGCACAUAACAAACUUUCGAUUUUGCUGAUUGAUUUAUUUUAUCAACACAGAAGUACUCCUUGUUCUGUACAAGUUACACAGAAAAUUUAGACAAUGGAGACAGGGAAUGAAACUCUUGCAGACAGGUUGAACAGAGAAGUUGAUACAUCAGGUGAAAAAUCUAGUGACAUAAAAUCUGCCAAGAAUGAAUUGAACCAAAAUAAUGUUGAUACAAAAGAAAAUGAGAAUGAUAAAAAGCUAGAAUUUGAUGCUGAACUUUUGUGUAAAGAUAAUAACAUUAAAACUAACAAUGAAACUGAAGAAAAUAAAAGUGAAAUACAAGAAAAUGGUGACAAUUGUGAUGAAGUAAGUUCUGCUAUAAAAGUAGAUCACACAACUAAUGACAUUGCUUCCAAUGAUAAUGGAGAUUCUUGUACUAUAGAAGAAAAAAUUAAGGCUGAUAGUAGUGGUGAUGAUAGUAGUGGUGAUAUUAAGGAAGAUAAUGAGGAAGAGUUUGUAGAUUUAAGUGAAGAUUCAGGAUCAGAUGCCGAGUAUGAGUCGGCAGAAGAAGGGGAAGAAAUUCAAGUGGAUAAAGAAAAUUUGAAAGAAUUAGAAAACUCUUUGACUGAUGAAGAGAAAGAGGAACGUAGAAAUACAGCACAGAAAUUAAAGGAAGAAGGCAAUGAGUUGUUUCGUUGUGGUAGCUAUAAAUCUGCAAUACGUGUAUAUUCUCGUGCAUUACGGACAUGUCCCCUCAAGUUUGCCAGAGAUAGAUCGAUCAUGUACUCUAACAGAGGAGCCUGUAAGAUGAGACUGGAGGACUAUGAUGAAUCUAUACGGGACUGCAGUAAAGCUCUGGACUUACAUCCAGUCUAUUUGAAGGCUCUGAUGAGGAGAGCAGAACUGUAUGAGAAAACUGAAAAAUUAGAUGAGGCCCUAGCUGACUUCCAGAAAAUUAUUGAACUGGAUCCCUCCCAACAUUCUGCCAGGGCAGCUUGUAUGAGACUUCCUGAUCAAAUUAAAGAAAGGAAUGAAAAGUUGAAAGAAGAAAUGAUGGGGAAGCUGAAAGAUCUAGGGAACAUGGUUUUACGGCCUUUUGGUCUUUCUACAAAUAACUUUCAAAUGAAUCAAGACCCUGCAACUGGUGGUUAUUCUGUGAAUUUUGUCCAAAAUGCAGACCAGAAAUAACACACCAAACACAUUGUUUUUAUUUAUUAAAAUCAUAUGGGAGAAAUCACUGUGAUAUAUAAACUGUUCAGACAUUGAUAAUACAUUGAAAAAAGACAAAUAAAGAAAUAAAAACUUUUUUCCUUCUAAAUGAAAGGAUAAAAUGUUUACUGAGCUUUAUGAUUAUGUUAUAAUUUGAAAAUUUAUUUCAACACUUUAAAGCUGCACGCCUCCAGAUGAGCAAAACUAUUUCAAUAAAAUCAAACCUGAGAAAAAUGUACUUACAUUUUAGGAAAAGUAUAAAGAUUCCAAAUUCUAGUAAUUAUUUACAUAUUAUGUGUGAUUUAUGACCGAUUUUUCAGUAUUUGUAAUUGUAUUUCUACUGUGUUACUAACGCAGCAAGGGCUAUUUUUGCAUAUUUUGACCUCUUUAUGGUAAUUUACAUGGGUUUUGUCAUUUAUAAUGUGUAUAUUGCAUUCUCUAGGUAAGUUCACAAUAUGUUACUAUUAAAUACACAUGUACAUUUCAAAAUUUUUAUGAAAAUUAGCAUGAGUCUGGAGGUGUGCUGCUUUAAAUGCAUCAACCAAAACAGCUCUUCUAUUGCCCCUAGUACAGUGGCAAACUUGCGAAUCUGGGCAGUCUGAUCAAGUUCUAUACUUCUAUGUUCUAUGUUUGCUGCUAGAUUAAUCCUUAACCUGGUGGAACUGAUAAGACUUUGCCAUCUGACCAGGCUCUAUACUGUUUAAAUGUUCAUGCUGAUCUCCCCUAACUUGAAGAUGGACUGUUCAAAAAUGAAAGGUGGACAAAUUCAUUUAAGAAAUUCAGUAAGUUAUGGGCUUAGUAUUUUGUUUAUGAAAUCCUUUUGACAACUGUUCUAAAUUAAAAAAUGAACAGAUCCAUAAAACUAAUUCAGCGGGGCUAAGUUUGCAGGAAAUAAUGACUUGUGGCAGGUUUAUUCUGAUUUUCUUCUGCUACAUUUAUUCUUUUCUAUUUGCCAAUAUUUAAUCUGAUAUAUGAUGUUUCAUUAUGUAAUAGCAUUAGGUGUUAAUGUAUAAUAUAUUUGAACCAUUGAUACUAAUGUACUUUAAUGGCUAGUUUAAAUGUUUAAUUCUAUGUAUCAAAUGACAUUCAGUCAUUAUUUAGCCUGGGUAAAUAAGCAGUUUCAUAUCAGUACAGUAUGAUUAUUGAAGGUGAUUUAUUAUUUAUACUGUAGACAACUUGUUAGAUUUAAAGCAUGCCAGUCAUGGCGUUCUAAAUCAUGUUUUUAUACAUGCCUGGUUGUACCCUACUAUACAACCAACCAACAUUGCUUCAUGCUCUAGUCUUUGUGACAAAAUCAUUUUACAUAAUAGUAGCCUAACAGAAGGGCCAGUUUUAGAGUUGAAUAUGAAUUAUUUGCAAUCAAAAAGUUGGUUAAUAAAUUUAAGAGGAUUAAAUGCUUAACAUUUGCAAAUUAGAUCUUUAUACACAACAUCAAAUAUAAUUUUAAGAGUGGUCAAAAACAUGUUUUUGUUAUUUAGACAGUAAAAUGACAUUGACCAUCAUUUAUGUAUUUACUAUUUAGUCUUGAUGUUAUUACAUGUAUUGAAUUCUGUUUUAAACAAUUUGUAAAUGUGCAAUUUAUGUAGUUUCUAUGAUAUGAUUAAAAGUGAUAAAAUGAAAUACCAGUACUUCU